AUGGCGGAACAAGUCGACCUUACUACCAUCCCCAUCUCGCCCGAUGGUGGUAACAACCCCGAAGCCGCCGCCAAGGAGGCCGCCGAGGACAACGAUAAGACUGUCACCGUUUUCCACGACAAGGAUAACUUCAACGUGAAGCACCCCCUCACAAAUAGGUGGACUCUCUGGUUUACCAAGCCGGCGAGCGGAAAGGGCGAUAACUGGAAUGACCUGUUGAAGGAGGUAAUCACCUUCGAGUCGGUAGAAGAAUUCUGGGGCGUCUACAACAACAUCUCCGCUGUGUCCGACCUUGCCCUCAAGUCGGAUUACCAUCUCUUCAAGGAGGGUGUGCGGCCAGAGUGGGAGGACCCGCAAAACAAGCAUGGUGGCAAGUGGUCUUUCCAGUUCAAGGAGAAACGGACGGUCAACAUUGAUGAGCUUUGGCUGCACACCAUGCUUGGCGCCAUUGGCGAGACGCUGGAGGAUGAGGAGGACGGCGAGGUGAUGGGCGUCGUUGUCAACGUCCGGAAGGCAUUCUAUCGUAUCGGUGUCUGGACCCGAACAACGGGUCGCCACAUUCCCGGCCGCGGCGACGGUGACAUCGCCGGUGGCAAGGGCCGGUCGAGUGAGAAGGGCAAGGAGAUCCUGAUGUCCAUUGGGCGUCGGUUCAAGGCCGUUCUCAAGCUGCCCGCCAACGAGGUCAUCGAGUUUUCGGGUCACACUGACAGCGCCCACAGCGGCAGUACCCGUGCGAAGGCCAAGAUGGUGGUAUAA